AUGAUGUCUUCCCCUCAUGCAAUCGUCCAACCCGCCUUCAGACCGUCCAUCAUGGGUAGAAAUGGCGUGGUCACAUCGGGACACCACCUCGCUUCUCAAGCAGGUAUUCAGAUCAUGAUGGCCGGAGGCAAUGCCAUUGAUGCCGCCAUUGCCACAGCCGCUGCGCUUGGCGUGGUUGAACCGCAAUCUUCAGGCGCAGGUGGCGAUGGAUUUAUCUUGAUUUACUCAGCCAAAGACAGUCCCGGAGAUAUUGUCUAUCAGAAAGACCUGGGCAAAACCUUGCGGACAAUCGCCGCAGAAGGACGCGACGCCUAUUGUACAGGUGAAAUAGCUCAGGCACUUGUUGCAUUCAGCCAAUCGCGAGGCGGAUUGCUCACCGAAGCCGAUUUGAAGAACCAUCGCGCUCGCAUUAUCGAUCCCAUUGCCGUGACCUACAAAGGUUAUACCGUAUAUGAAACGCCGCCCAAUUCGAGUGGGCAUAUUUUACUCCAAGAACUCAAUAUCGUCGAAAAUUUUGAUCUUCGGGCACUGGGCUGCAAUACUGCUGAGAGUGUCCACCUUAUGGUUGAAGCCAAAAAACUCGCUUUUGCAGACCGCGAAAAAUACGUAGCCGAUCCAGAUUGGAUCGAUGUGCCAAUUGAAGGACUUCUCUCGAAAGAUUAUGCAAAAGAACGCGCCUUGUGCAUUGACCUCGAACGCGCUGCUACCCACGUUCCUCCCGGUAUCCCAGAAUCGGUUGAAGAUACCACCUGUUUCUGCGUGGCUGACAGGGAGGGCAACGCGGUUUGUCAACUGCAGAGUAUUCAAUCCGGCUGGGGGUCGAGUCUUAUUGCGGGUGAUACGGGUAUCCUCCUCAACAACCGCAUGACUUACUGGCAUCUCGAAAAAGAUCAUCCCAAUUGCCUGAUGCCCGGCAAACGGGUUCGCCACACGAUGAACCCCGUUAUUGUCACCAAAGACGACAAACCCGUUCUGAUAUGCGGCACGCCGGGCGCAGAUACACAGGUGCAGACCAAUUUGCAACUGGUGACACAUAUUCUGGAAUUUGGCCUGACACCUCAAGAGGCUGUUGAAGCCCUCGCUGGCGUUCUCUGCAAAACCCUAUGGAAUCCACUGUUCCCCAUACCUGCGAAGACGCGCUUCAACUCGAAAGCCGUUUUCCCGAUGCACAUCCGCCAAACCCUCAGACAGAAAGGCCACGACCUUCGCAUCCUUUCAGAUUGGGAACCUCGCGUCCCGAAGUUGCCCACAGAUGGCUUUAUCAGUCCUAUGGCGCGACAUCCCGAACUCAAAAAAUCGGAGUGGAAUCCAAAUUGGACUCGCACAGCCUGUGUCGUGACCGCUCAAGACGGCACAUGGGGGGUGGGUUUUACCAACCACAGUGGCCCGGUGCUCAGCAUUAUCAACGAUCACUUUGCUCCUUUGCUCGAGGGACAAAAUUGCAUGGCGACCGAAAAGCUGUGGGACAUGAUGCGUCGCGCUUCCUCGCCUUAUCAUACGGCGGGUUUGUCCAGCUAUGGCAUCAGUGCUGUGGAUAAUGCCCUGUGGGACUUAAAAGGAAAAAUUUUGCAGCGCCCUGUUUACGAGCUUUUGGGCGGUCCGCAAAAAGACAAAAUUUUUUGUUAUGCCAGCAAUACGGAUAUAUCUUAUGGUACGGAAAACAGUAUUGAAUGGUUUCUCGAAUUGGGCUUCAGAGCGGUCAAGCUCUUUGCGCGAUACGGGCCGGAGUCCGGUAUUGAGGGGAUAAAUCGGACUGAAGAACUGGUUGCCAAAACGCGCGAGCAGAUCGGCGAUGAUGUCGAACUCAUGCUCGAUGCGUGGAUGUCGCUCAAUGUCGAGUACACGGUUCGCCUUGUCGAAGCCCUAAAACCGUAUCGCCUCAAGUGGCUUGAAGACUACGUGCUGCCCGAAGAUAUGGAAAGCUAUGCGAAAGUUCGCCAACGCGUCCCCGGGCAAAUCCUCGCAACGGGAGAACACUGGUACACCAUUCACCCCUUUGCCACAGCCGCGAGUCAGGGGCUUGUCGAUAUUUUGCAACCCGAUAUUCAGUGGGCCGGUGGUAUCACGGCCUUGAUGCGGAUAUGCCAUAUUGCCGAGGCGCAUGGGCUAACGGUCAUCAGCCACGCGGGCAUGAAUUACCCCUACGGUCAGCACCUUUCUUAUGCUAUGCCAGCGAUACAGUGGGGCGAGCGUUCCGAAGGGGUAUCGCCCCCGGGCGUUCCACUCGAAGAACGCGUUGCACUGCCGGGAACGCCCGUGAUCAAAGACGGUUAUCUCAAUCCGAGCGAUGCGCCCGGCUUUGGUAUUGAAGUCACGAAAGACUGGCUGGAACAAAAGGCCGUAUAA